AAUAGUUUCAUUACAGUGAGUUGCUGUCUGCUUGGCCAUUGUGUUUUUGUCCUAUCUUUGCCUCUUUUUAUUACUAGGAUAUUAUUCAGGUAAAAAGUAUCGAUUUUCAAGAGCCGCUAUGAACAGUUUAAUAAGAAAAAUUUCAAUGGCCAUGCCACUAACGGAAAGCCUUAUGUCGCAAAGGACAAUUUGUACAAACAUCCGCUUCCCGACUUUCCUACAAGUUUCUUCCCCGCUGCUUGCAGAGCCUUUAAAAAAAAAGAAAAAAAUGGAUCCCCAAAUUCUCAAAGCUAGAGAAGAACGAAGAAGAAAAAGGCUUGAAAAGUCCAUUAAAAAACUUGAAAAAAACACUAAACAAUUGAAACCUAUAGAAGAAAUUGAAUGGCCUAUUAGCCUACAAAAACAAAAAUCGUUACGUGAACGAACAGAAACUGUAUCACAACCACAACAGGGGCAGGAGAUUCUGAAAGCUUGGCGCAGUUAUAAAUACCAGCAAUCUUUGCAGGAAAUGAAAAUGAUUGACCGGAUUUCCUCUUCACAGAUGCAAGCUCUAGAGCAGUUAAGGGCUAUCUCCGAAGAUCUUUACAUUAAAGCAAUACAGAUGGAUGACUCAUUGUUGCCUUUUACUGCUGUUGGACCUAGCAGCACACCUCCAAUUGUUGGUUAUGACAUACUAGAUGGAGAGUACAUUGAUGAAACACCUAAGUGGAAAUAACAUCAGCUGGUGAUGAAUCCCCUUAGUAACACUCUUUCCCAUGUUAUCCAAUGGCAUUAAGAUCAUUUUUUCUGUGAAAUGGUGUCUUGAAAUGAAAUGGAAAUUACCAUUAGAAUUCAAUUUUGUAUUUUGUUGUAGAUUAACAUUAAUACAUGGGAAUUCCUUAGUA